CCUACCUUCGUUUCCUUCCCCUGCAGAUCGACGACUACGACCGGCUGUGGGUCAUGGACCGCGGCGACGACCAGCAGUGUCCGCCCAAGCUCAUGACCUUUGACCUCAACAAUGACCGCCUGCUGUCCAAGUACGAGUUCUCCUCCAACCUCCUCGUGAACAGGUCCAACCUCAUCACCCCGGUGGUAGACGUCCGCGACAACGGCCGCAACACGUUCGUCUACAUAGCGGACGUCAUCGGGGGCAUCAUCGUUUACGACCACCAGAGUAAAUCAGCAUGGCGCGUGAACCACCCUCUGACGCUGCCGGACCCCGCCUACUCGACGCACACCAUCGCGGGGACCACCUUCUACCUGGCGGACGGCGUGUUCGGCAUGGCCCUGAGCCCGCUGAGGUGCGAGGACGGCCACACCUCGGGCGGCCACCAGCAGCAUGGCAGCUACCAUGGAGGUCAUGGACGUGGCGGCCGCUGCGAAGAGGACCGCACGCUGGUCUUCCACGCCCUGGCCUCGGUGCGCGAGAACCACGUCAAGACGUCCGUGCUCCGCAACAGAGACAACUUCCCCCGCGGCCAGAACCAGGCGGCCGCUCAGUUCAAGAGCUAUGACCAGAAGAGGCGGUCGCAGUCGGCAGCGCAGGCCAUGUCCCCCCAGGGCAUCUUGUUCUCAGGGCUGUUGCCCGACCUAGCCAUCACCUGCUGGAACUCGGAGCAGCCCUUUGCUGGCUGGAACAUCGAGGUGGUUGCGCGCGACCCGGAGACCCUCCAAUUCACGAGCGGGGUCAAGGUGCGCUACGGCCAGCUGUGGGUCAUGAGCUGCCGCUACCAGCGCUUUGCUACGGGCACCAUGAACUGGAACGAGGUCAACUACCGCGUGCAGUCUGCCCGCGUCGAGGACCUCAUCCGAGGCACUAAGUGCGAUCCCAAGACGAACAACAUCGGCUCGGGCUGAGCAGGCUGCGCUGACGUCGACGUCUGCUAUGUGCACACCACUGUCCAAACCCCGCUAAGUGGACACUGGCGGCUGGGUUUCUGCCAUGAGUGUUUUCAGCACAAUCUCUGCAGCGGUACGUGGCACGAGUUUGGGCAUGAGCCGGUAACUGAUAGAAACAAGAUCAGCCGAUGUCUGGGAUGCUUAAGGUGUACCUUGAGAACGUUCGUCUCGAAUCCUGACGAGUAUCUUUUCAACGAAUUGGUUUUACUUGUCUAGUAUUAAAAGAUCUUUAGUUCGAAUUUAUAUUUAUUGUUUAUAUCGUGUCAACUUUGAUGGUGUGAUGUAGGGUAAAGGAAUUAAAACGAGUCUGUUAUACUGUGUACGAAAUUAAAGUCUUUAUAAUAUUUUCA